AUGCCUAAAAAGAAGGGUAAAGGAAAAAAAGUGAAGAAGGAGAAAGCAUCGAAAGUUUCAGAUGUGACGGCACCCAGCGCCUCUCUUUGGGAGGCUCGGUUGGAAGCAGCGGAAAAACUUAAGCAAGAAUACAAAGAGAAUGCUCACAAACUUCUGAUGGAGAAUCAUGCUCUGCAGUCAAAAAUGCAACAGACAGAAUGGGAAACGAUUGAUGUAAUCAAUUUCAUGAAAAAACAGAAUGGAGACAGAGAAUCCAAGAUGGAGAGGUUACAGAAUCAAGUGACGGAAUUGAAAGUUCAACAACAGGAAAAAAUUGAAUCCUUGACUUUUAGUUUUCAUCAACGGAUAAACGACCUAGAAGAUAAAUUGAACGCCAAAACUCGAGAAGCUGAUGUCUAUCACAAUGAACUGAAAUUGGUGCAGGAAUUCCGGAAGAAAAGAUGCGAAAUGGAAAAAGAAAUCAAGGAGUUAAAAGAGGUUCUUGAGAAAAAUAUAGAUGCUCACCAAAAAGAAUUGGCACAAUGCGAGAAAAAAUUUCUUGAAGAAAAGUAUCAAGUCCAGCAGGAAUCAAGUCAAAAAAUUGCAGACCUUGCCGAGAAAGCACACCAAGAAGCCAUAUUAAACAUGGAUGAUACCACAAAGCUGGUGUACAAAGAGAAUAUCCGCCUGACAGAGGCUCUCAAAUAUCACAUGGAAGAGACAGAAUACCUGAAAAAAUCCAAUGAGGGUUUCAUAAAAGACAAGGAAAAUAUGACGGGCAUGUUAAAAGAUCAAAAAUUGUUGCUUCACAAAAAAGUUGUUGAAAACAAAAAAGUCAAAUCACUAAAUUCCAAGUUGGUUAUGAAGAUUGAUAUUCUGGAGAAGUCUCUGCAUCAUAUGAUGAAGGAAUUUGAGAACCAGAAAGAAGUUUGCACAAAGGAAUCUAAUCAGGAGAUCGAAGUAUGUAAAUCAGAGAUUGAACGCCUAAAGCAAAUUUUGGAAUUAAAGGCAAAAGAAAUGAACAAAGUGAAGAGAUUGGCUCGCAGCAUUCUUGAACAGAGGACAGAAUUGGAAACAUUCUUCAUUGAAGCUAUAAAUUAUGUAAAACAUGAAAUUGGAAAGAAUCGACAGAAUUACAUUUAUGAAGCCAAACUUGCAUAUCAGCAUAAAAUGUUAGAAGCGGCUUUAGGGAGAACAGAAUAUCCCAAAAUACGAACCUUUAAUCAAUUGAUACACAGUACAAAUGAUGUGUACAAUGAUUUUGAAACAGCAGAAAUUUUUGAUAACCUAGACAAAGAAAUUGCAAUUAGUGACUUGACUUGGGAACAAAAGGAACGUGUCUUGCGAUAUAUGUUUGCUAAAAUGAAUGGUUACUACAACAAAACUUCGGCACCAAAAUUGGCUCCCCAGCCAAAUGUAAAUUCCAAGAAGAUUCUCAGUUUAAUGGAUUCAAAAUCCAAGCCAGCUGAACCAACAUUUCUGACUCAAACCAAAUUUGAUCAUGGCACUCAGUUAAUUUUCACUGUGUGA